AUGGAAACAAAUGUCAAAAUUAAUUUUGAUGUCACUAGUCAAGAAUAUAGAGAUGUGUUUGUUUAUGACAAUAGCACAAUCACUGGACAACAAGUGGGUAUUGAAUCUUACUGGAGAGAGCUAGAUCAAGGUUUCUAUUCAUUGGAAAUCUUCUUUUCUACCAAUACUGUCACCAUUCUUUUAAUUGCAAUGUGUUUUAUUGGAAAUAUCUUUCUUAAAACUGUGAUUCAUGCAAAGGGACAACAUCAAUCGAAGGGUAGUAAGGUUUUAUUGUAUAUUUUCAAUGGAUUGUCUUGUUUCUUUGGAAUUUCCUUUUUUGUUAUGGUUGUGGUUUUGAGUGUCAUCAGUCCGCUGUUUUGGUUGAAGAUUUUGGAAAGAGAUUCUGGAAAUGUAGUGUUUAUUGUGAUGGCAGCAAUAUUUAUAUCUCAAAUAUGUAUUCAAAGUAUAUUUUCAAUAGUCAAUACUGUGAAAGUCAUUAAGGUUAUUAGAGAAAUGGGUAAAACAGAUACAUCUAGAAGAGCUCUAGUUAAGGUUACUAUUCUUCAACUCAUCCUACUCAUGACAGCUUUCAUCUUUUUAAUAGCAGCAAUUUGUUAUUCCAUUUAUGGAAAUUACUUGUAUUUGGCUUAUUUCAUUCUACUUAAUAUUGGGGUUAUUGUAUUUGUUUCUAAUGAGAAGGGAAGAGGUUUCGCCAGUAGAGGAAGAAGUUUAAAAUCAAUUUUGAGUGGAAAUAUUUCAGAAAAGGAAUCUCAACGAUUGGAUAACUUGUUUGGUGUAGAGUAUUUGGAGGAUAUUUAUGAUGAAUUGAGAACUGGUGAUGUCUUGUUGCAUUCUGGAAAGGGAACUUUCUCAAAAGCUAUUCAAUUGGGAUUUUCAUCGACUUGGUCUCACUUGUCGAUUAUUAUUAGAAAUCCACCGAAAGAAUUAUUGGAAUUGUAUAAGGUUCAAGUUGAUGCUUCAUCAAGAUUUUCAACUGUUUUUGUUGCAGAAUCUGAAACUGAUACUGUGGACAAUAAGGAAGGUGGUGGAAUUCAAUUAGUAGAAUUGAGAAGGUGGUUUAUGGAUUAUUUGGAAAGAGAUCCAACUGAUUUGUGUUGUUUGAGAAGAUUGAACAUUCCUUCAAUGGAUAAUAGACCAAAGGAUGAGAAUAUUGUGGAUCAAUUCCCAACACUUGUUGAUUAUUUGAAGAUUUCCAUUGAUAAGAAAUACGAAACUUCAAAAUCUGAAUUAUUGAAAUGUGUCAUUAAGAGAAAUACUCAAUCCAAUGAUGCUAAUGUAUUCUGUUCUGAAUUUGUGGCUGAAUGCUAUCUUAGAAUGGGUUUAUUGCCACAAAACACAAUUACCUGCAAUUAUGGACCUCGUGACUUUAGUCAGGAAUCUAAUUUGGUUAAUACAGUUCUAUUGAAAGGAGCCAACUUGACAAAAGAAAAGAGAAUUCGAGUAAGAGAAUGGGAUGAAAAGAAUGAUUGGAAUGUUCAACCAUAA